GCAUAAACUCAGUAUACUUAUUACACGACUUGUAUGAGAGAUGUCAUUGUUCCCAGCGUACAAUGUUAUAUCCAACAAAUGCACUGAAGGUGACAGUGAAAAAGACAAUAAUGCUGACUGGCUCUCUAAUAGAAGCUACAAAAUAACUGAUGUGAAGUCAGAACCAAAAGAAAGAUCAGAUGAUUCAAGUAAAGAGGAUCUUGAUGUUGUCGCUAUUGAUAAGAGCAGAACUGAAGCAAAGAAAACAAAAGGAAAGAGAAACAUAGAAAAUGAUGAUGACAGAAAUGAUGACAAUGAUGAUAGAAGGAGAAAACAUAAGAAGAAAAAGAAACACAAGAAACAUAAACACAAGGAUCACUCUGACGCAGACAAGGACAAUUCUGAUAAACACCAUCACCAUAUUGAUGUAGACAAGGAGGCAGACAGACACACUAGGUUUCCAAGUGAUGCGAGACUUGUGCAGUCAACCAUCAAUAAAGUGUUUAUUAAUGAUAUUCCCGAUCUCCAGGCGGAACAUGCUUUUAGGAUCGACAGAAAACCCGAUGCUCAAAAUACAACAUUCGGUGAACUAUACAAGCUACACAUUGCAAAGCACCAUCUAUUAACCAAACGAUGUGUCGGGUCUGGUAUGACCUUGAACGAUCUCACAAAGUCAAAAAAGAAACAUGAAGAUAAAAGAUAUUAUCAUAAACAGAACAAAGUAAAGUUAUUAGAUGGAAAUACUGAAACAGUCAAUAUGGGAAAGUCGCGCUUUGAUAAGACCUUGUCAGUGAAUGAUAAUUUUGUACCAGUUGACUCCAGACCAACAGAACUUGGUAAAAGAACUUAUGCCAACCCCCUUGGUGUCUAUGAUAUACACACUGAAGCCUUUAUCAAAGGCAAAGAUGAACGGAAAAAUGAAACCUCUGAUAUAUCCCAAGAAGAUCAGGGUGAUAAGCUCCUUAGAGCUGAAACAGAAAAAUUCAACAUCUCCUUAAGAGAAAAUCCACACAAUAUCAAAUUGUGGCUUGAUUUCGUCACUUUCCAAGAUAAAUCCAUUGAAGUCUUAGACUCAACUGAUAAACAAUCUGAUGUUGUAAAAAAGAAAACAGCUUUAUCCCUUUUAGAAAAGAAACUAAGUAUACUAGAUAAAGCAAUUGAGAAAAAUCCAACUGACCUUGAACUUGCAGUAAGCCGUCUGCAGAUUUGCAAAGCAUUGUGGGAAAGAGAAAAAAUGGUGGAAAGCUGGAAAAAAUUGUUGUUUGUACACAACAACAGUCCAUUUCUAUGGAGACACUAUCUAUUGUUUCUACAGGCAGAUGUAACAGGAUUCAGCAGCUGUGCUAUCCUAGCUGAGUACCACAAGUGUCUACAAGCCUUGAGUAACAUCAAAGAGGGCCUGGUGGCAACAUAUCAACCUCUACCACAAGGGGAGCAUAAUCUUCUAGCAAUAUUCUGCCAAAUGUGUAACUUCCUCCAGCAGUGUGGGCAGACGGAGAAAUCCAUCGCAUCAUACCAGGCACUUCUAGAGUUCAACUGUUUCUGUCCAGAUUCUCUACAAGAUGCUCCUUAUAAGGACAAACUGGCAUUCUUUGAAGCAUUCUGGGAUAGUGGGGUGCCUCGUUUAGGGGAGGAUGGCUCCCUUGGUUGGAAGAAUUGUCUGCAGUUCAAGGAUAAAGAAUAUCCUCCUCCCAUGAGCUCUAUCAGUGAUAUUUCAAGUCAGGACCUUGAAGACAACAUAGUAAAGAAUGAAAAGCUAGAAAAAUUCGAAAAAUGGUCUCAAAUUGAAACAAAUCGGCACAAAUCACACUGGUUGCCAUGGCGACCAAACACGGUUGCUGGGGAAACAGAAGAAGAUUGUGAAGAUCCCGAUCGAAUGGUUCUUUAUGAUGACAGAACUUCCUGUUUAUUCACAAUUGAUGACGCAAACAUCAAAAUUAAACUUAUAGAGUCCUUCUUGGGCCAUCUUGGCAUCUACAGUCCGAUAUCUGAACAGGAAAAUUUUGAUAACACAAACUUCUCCCAAUUAUCAUUCUCUGAUGUACAAAGACUUGAAAUAUUGUCAGACGUUGGUAUGAAGAGAGUACAAUUCUGCAAUGAAACUUUGCACAAAUUCACCAGGAAUUUAUUUCAACAGAUUCUACCCUGUUUCAGCGACUCAUAUCGAGAAUAUUUGUCUCACCUCUGGCUACAGAUUGAGAUCCGCACAACUCUCGAUGUUGCCACAACAACUGAUGUUGCCCUGACAACAGAUAAGAAACUUAUCAAACAGCAGAAGAAAGAACUGAAGAAGUUUGCUAAAAGCAUACUUAAAGAACCGGAAAAUCGCAAUAGUCUGGCUUUAUAUGAGCUGUAUGGGAGCUUAGAGUACACACUUGGGAACAAAGCAGAUGGCAGGAAAGUGUUUGAUAUGUCAGUUAUGAUGAACCAGUCCCAGCAUAAAGUUAUGAAUAUGACCAAUCACCUACUUACGUCCCAACUGUGCAAACUGUACAGGAGUUAUCUGGAAGCUGAACUAGGUCUACGUGAGCCCGAACCUCUCGUAGUCCAAAAUGACGCCACAUUUAAUCGCAUUGUGUAUUUUUUAUCAAGUAUAAGUGAUGGUUCAACAUGGGAAGCUAAAACUGAGUAUCCAAGACCAUCAGCAGCGACUAUAUUAAAAACCAGAAAAUAUCUCCAAUUGACCUUAGAUAAGCUUAAACAAGAACUCUCAGUUGAAACACCCCUGUCUUAUCCCUAUAUUGAGAAACAUGGUAGCUCAAUUGUACAUUGGACGGUGUGUUGCGCUCUCUUUGAAUACCUCACCACAGAUUUAAAGACUGCUUCCAAAGUAUUCAUUGAUCUUGUAACUUUUCUGACAACCUACAGCAGAAAAGUGGAUCUAGAUACUACUGGAAACCAAGUAUUAAUCGACUCUGAACAUCUAACAUUGUCUCACAUGGAGCUACUCCAGUACCAUCGCAAAACCAACAUUUCCCGCAUUCAGAUUCUACGUAAGCCUCUCAUACAAGCCAAUCAGAAUUAUCGAGGUAAUAUCACGCUCUUGGGGAUGUAUAUUAACAUGGAGAUGGGGUCCCGGAUUAUGUGGCCCAUAAGGCGGUUCUUCAGGAGCAUUCUGGAUAAUAGAGUUGAUGUGACUAAAGCUGAUGUGACGAGAGAUGAUGUGAUGAAAUGUGAUGUGACAACCUGGAUAUGUGCACUUGGUGUUGAGCUUCAGCAUCAGAAACAUAUUCUAGAGAUGGGAAAUACAGAUGGCAGUGGGAGCCAAUAUGCAAGGCGGUUGUUUGAACGAGCAACUGAUUGUGACAUCACAAAGCACUGUGUCCUUAUUUGGAGAUUAUACAUCAGGUUUGAGGUAUUAUGUGGUAACUUAGACAGAGCCAAUGGUGUCUUCUACAGGGCCCUACAACAUUGCCCAUGGGCUAAGGUUCUGUACACUGAUGCAAUACAAUAUUUCCCCAGUCAACUUGAAGAAAUCAUGGAACUGAUGAUGGAGAAGGAGAUCCGGCUCCACCUGCCACUAGAGGAACUGGACAUCUUGAUGGAACCUUCACCUGUUAUUGCAGACUAGUUGUUUUUUAUUUGGACUAGUUAUCAUAUUGUGGACUAGUUGCACACUAGUU